UCCCGCAAAGCAAAUCACAUUCAGACGAGGCGACUUUUGUGCACAAAAUCUAGAGAGAGAAAGUAGAGAGAGAGAGUAAAAAAUCAAAACAGUCAAGCAAUUCUGCUCCCCCUCUCUCUCCUCAUCCCGUGUCAUCUGUUUGGUUGGCACUUGCCACAUACCCACCUCGUUCCAAUUCAAUUCAGUCAAUCCGAUACCCACGAGAUUUGCGAUGCUCAAUAACGCGGUACUUAUUACUCCCAUUCAACCAAACCAAAUCAAAUCUUAUUAAUUUUUCUUUUCUUUUCCUUUUUUCUACAAUCAUUCUAACAUUCAUCAUCGCUUUCACUGUGUAAAUUUGGACAGUGUUCGAAGUAGAAUUGUUGGAAGCACAAUGGGAGGGGUGUGUUCUGGUGGGACGGUGAAGCAUAGGUCGGUAGAGCAUGCAGAGAAGAAUUCUGGAUUUUCGGGGAAGCUCAAGUCGGUGAAGAGCUUCGGUAAGAAAAAGGAGGAACCUUAUUCGUAUCCUGACAUGGACGUUUUCGAGGCGCAUCGGAGUCCUUAUGAUUCUGGCGAGCUUGGAUUCUGCAUUUCCCGUGAAUUGAAGCCAUCAACACCCGUUAGGACAGGGAUUACCAAGGUGCCCCAAAAGACCUCAUUGCUGGGAAGAGCUGGAAUUGUGGGCCUAGAGAGGGCAGUUGAAGUUCUAGACACACUUGGAAGCAGCAUGUCAAAUUUGAAUUCCAACAGUGGAUUUGUAUCUGGCAUGGCCUCUAGAGGGAACAAAAUAUCCAUAUUAGCAUUUGAAAUUGCUAAUACAAUCGCCAAAGGCUCAAAUUUGUUGCAAUCUCUCUCUGAAGAAAACGUACAGUUCCUGAAAAAGGAGAUUUUACCUUCAGAAGGAGUACAACAAUUAGUUUCUACAGACAUGAAAGAGUUGCUAAGUAUUGCUGCUGCUGACAAAAGGGAGGAAUUUCAUAUUUUCUCCCGGGAAGUAGUUAGGUUUGGUGAUCUAUGUAAAGACCCGCAAUGGCACCACCUUGGUCGAUUCUUUGAAAAGUUGGAUUCAGACCAUGCAACCCUUAAACAACUAAGAGAAGAGGCAGAAAUGACAAUGCAAGAAUUGAGUACUCUGGCUCAGCAUACAUCUGAAUUGUAUCACGAGUUGAAUGCACUGGACAGAUUCGAACAAGAUUAUCGACGGAAGCUUGAGGAAGUGGAGUCCUUACAUCUCCCUCGAAGAGGAGAGAGUGUUAUGAUAUUGCAAAGUGAGCUGAAACAUCAAAGAAAACUUGUGAGGAGCUUGAAAAAGAAAUCUCUAUGGGCUAAAAGUUUGGAGGAGGUUGUGGAGAAACUUGUUGAUAUUGUAACUUUCAUACAUCAAGAGAUCUUGGAAGCAUUUGGAGACAGUGGUUUGGUAUUGGUUGAAAAAGAGCCUGCUAACAAACCCGAAAGACUAGGUGUAGCUGGUCUUGCAUUGCACUAUGCUAACAUAAUCAAUCAAAUAGACAACAUUGCAUCUCGGCCUACCUCACUUCCUCCUAAUGUGAGGGACACAUUAUAUCAUGGAUUGCCAAACAGUGUUAAGACAGCAUUUCGUUCCCAACUGCAAACAAUUGAUGCUAAGGAAGAGCUCACAAUUCCUCAAGUUAAAGCUGAAAUGGAGAAGACUCUCCAAUGGCUCAUCCCGGUAGCUACAAACACUACCAAAGCACAUCAAGGUUUUGGAUGGGUUGGAGAGUGGGCAAACACUGGUACUGAGUUUAGCAAGAAGACUACCACACAAAAUAACUUGAUUCGUCUCCAGACGCUCUAUCAUGCACAGAAGCAGAAGACAGACCUAUACAUACUUGAGCUGGUGACAUGGCUUCACCGUCUGAUGAGUCUCAUAAGGCAGAGAGAUAAUGGAUUCAGAAUCCCUUUGAGAUCCCCAACCCACAAGGGACUGUUUCUGCAAUCUGGGGUGCAGCGACUCCCAUCCUUCAGCGAUUCCUUCCAAGGCCAGAGGGUCCAAAUUUCUCCAGAAGAUAGAAAUUUGUUGGAAGAGGUGAUGAGUAGGAGAAGGUUGGUUCCUGGAAUAAGCAAAAGUCAGGAAUUUUCCAAGGCCAAGCAGAUAGGGACCAAAGUUUGGGCCAUGAGCAGGAGCACUGGGUGCUCUCCGCGACGGCAGUUGGAGCGGCCGAAGUCUAGUGUUUUGGAUGUUCUGGAUGGGUUGGAUGCAGCAUUUUGUGAUCCUUCUUGAUCAGUCCCAUCCAAUGUGUUUUUGUUUAAGUUAUUUAAUUAAUUUUAUAUAUCUGUCUCCUUAUUACCAUUAUCUUGUAUAUAAACUUAUGUAUGAUGAUAUAUGUUGCAUCAUAUGGAUAAUAAUUAUAUUGAAAUUUUGUUGUACUCCUCUUUCGGAGCCAAAGGAAAAGAGAAGGUAAUUUUACUAGUCUCACAUUGGAAUGGCCUGUUUUUGAAA